AGAAGCCGACGACGACGACGAAGAAGAAGAAGAAGAAGAAGAAGAAGAACCACCAUGACUUCUGCCGUGGGACGUCUGGCACUAUGGUUUAGCUACCGAAUGCCUGUGAAUCGGGACAGAGCACGAAGGGUGACAGCCCCGCACCUUUGCGGGCGACAGCAAAGAGACUGCUGUCUCAGCCGCCCCGUGACACGACAAUACAGCUCUGACUCCAAGGAUGAGCUGAAAGUCCGGUAUCUGGACGGGGAAGACACUGGUAUUGUUGUUGUUGGGAUAAAUCGACCAAAAGCCAAAAAUUCCAUAAGCAAAAAUCUUGUCAAAAUGAUGUUUGAGACUGUAGAGGAUAUUAAGAAGAACAGCAAAGUGCGGAGUGUUAUUUUAUGCAGCUUGGUUCCUGGUAUCUUCUGUGCAGGUGCAGAUCUGAAAGAGAGGGCAAAGAUGACUCAGAGUGAGGUGGGGCCAUUUGUUUCGAAAGCAAGAGCCCUCAUCACAGAGCUGGGUAAUCUUUCAGUACCAACUAUUGCUGCAAUUGAUGGGGCUGCUUUAGGAGGAGGUUUGGAAAUGGCCCUUGCUUGUGACAUCAGAAUUGCAUCCAGCAGUUCAAAAAUGGGACUAGUUGAGACAAAGCUCGCGAUUAUUCCUGGUGCAGGUGGAACACAGCGUCUUCCAAGGGUUAUCGGUGCCUCUCUAGCGAAGGAGCUCAUAUUUGCUGCUAGGAUAGUGGAUGGAAAGGAAGCUUGUCGCCUAGGGCUUGUCAAUCAUUCUGUAGAGCAGAAUGACACUGGAGAUGCUGCAUAUCUCCAUGCUCUUGAACUUGCUCGUGAGAUCAAUCCUCAGGGUCCAAUUGCGGUAAAGAUGGCAAAACUAGCAAUCAACCAAGGAAUAGAGGUGGAUUUAUCUACCGGUUUGGCAAUUGAAGAGGCAUGCUAUGCUCGGGUGAUACCAACUAAAGACCGAUUGGAAGGUUUGGCUGCUUUUAAAGAGAAGAGGCGUCCUAAUUUUAAGGGGGAAUGAGGCCACACUCGCUCCGCUUCAAGAAAGUCUGUUCCAAAAUUAACUGAAUGCCUCCUCUUUUAACAACUAAACUAUUUCACUGCAGACAGUUUGACUUAAAAAAGUAAGGUAAGUACAGCUGAACUAAAGACAGCUUUAUCAAAAGUUGUUAACACACUUGAGCCAUUUUAGUUUCAAGUAAAGGUGUAUGCAGUGAAAUGUGUUAAUGAAACAUUUCAAUACAUUACCACACAUUACUCUCCACAGUGUGCAGAGGUUUUUGUUACAUAGUAGGACAAACAAUGGUAUUGAUAAAAGCUAUUGAAGUGAACAAAUCUCUGGGUCUGCCAGCUAACUGCUUCUGGUCUCACAUCUAUAAACUAAAUAGGCUAUGGAAAUUUCAUAUUAAUCUUAAACUGGACAUGUAAAGCUUUGUGGGUUGUUGUUUUUUUAAUUUGCAGUUUGACAGCAGCCGCCAUUAGAUAAUUAAUCCUGAAUCUUUUGAAGUGUCCAUACAUUCUAAAUCCUGCAUGUAAAUGAAAAAGUGGUUAUUUCUCUUUUUGUUUUGUAUGCAUAAGUAUGUAUACUCUUAUGUUUUUCUUUUAAUUUUCAAUUUACUAUAUAAUUUGGAAUUUAUGCUUAUUUGAAAGAUUACACACCAAUUUAGGUUUCUGCAACGUAAAGCUCAUGGCAUACAGAAUUGGUACAUAGAAAAUGCAUCUCUUUCAGAUGUAGGAUUUUAAGUUAAUGUACAAUUUUAUUGCUAGCAAAGUACUUGGUUGUUCCUAAAAUUGACAUACUGCCAUCCAGAGAUUGUAGUUUUUACACUUCAGGUUAGAUAUAAACAGUUUUAGAACCUGGCAAAGACUAGAUCAUUUAUACAUUAAAAUACUGGAACUGAAAAACAGUUUAGCUUCUUUUACCAGGGGUAUAAAAAUACCAGAGGUUCAAGUCAUGCUCAAAUUUGAUAAAUGUUUUAUGAUGGAUAUUUCAGGCAAAACUUAUGGUUCACUUUACUGAAAAUGAUUUGAAGAUUAUUAAAAUUUCUGUCCUAUUUGCAACUGAACAUAAAAUUAAAUUUAUUACUCACAUUUUCCUAAUGUUUAAAAUAUCUGUAUUGUUAGAGAUUGUGGGUGAUUGUCAUUAAACACCCCAAGUAAUUUAAGACUUGCGUUUUCCUUUUCUAUUAUGUUUUAGUAUUUGUCGCUUUUCUUUCUUAAACAGCUUUUUGUAACUUUGAAUUGAGUUAACGUCAUGUGAAGAGAGGCCAUGUCAUUCAACAACAAUUAAAUCAAAUAUAAAUGCUUGAUACUUUC